UAAAACUAAAAGGGUAUCGUGGAAGCGAGGCUAAUUUCGGUGUUGCCGAGUUCUGUUAGAUGAGAUGAGAGCGCUGUUUUGAAGUAACCCAGAUUCUCAUUCCAAAUCCCAAUUUUUUCAUAACCAGAGAGAGAGAGAGAGUUGAUCCACCUCUGAAAAUGGCGGUGGAUUUACCUGAAGGGACCGUGCAGAACAUUCUGGAGCAGGAGAGCCUCAAGUGGGUCUUCGUUGGAGGCAAAGGCGGCGUUGGGAAGACCACUUGUAGCUCCAUUAUCUCCAUUCUUCUCUCCCAAGUUCGAUCUUCCGUUUUGAUCAUCUCCACCGACCCUGCUCACAAUCUCAGCGAUGCAUUUCAGCAACGCUUUACCAAGACUCCUACUUUGGUUAAUGGAUUCACCAAUCUCUACGCUAUGGAAGUGGAUCCAACCGUUGAGAAUGAAGAUGUGGCUGGUGCGGAAGGAAUGGAUAGUCUAUUUUCAGAGCUAGCAAACGCCAUUCCUGGCAUUGAUGAGGCCAUGAGUUUUGCAGAGAUGCUGAAAUUGGUGCAAACAAUGGAUUACUCCGUCAUAGUAUUUGAUACUGCUCCAACUGGUCAUACACUUCGGUUAUUGCAAUUUCCAUCUACCUUGGAGAAGGGUCUUGCAAAAAUUAUGUCUUUGAAAAGUAAAUUUGGUGGUAUAAUAAACCAGAUGACUCGACUAUUUGGUGUUGAUGAUGAAUUUGGAGAAGAUGCAAUUUUGGGAAAGCUUGAAGGCAUGAAAGAUGUGAUUGAACAAGUUAACAGACAAUUUAAAGACCCGGACAUGACAACCUUUAUCUGUGUUUGCAUUCCAGAGUUUCUCUCACUCUAUGAAACUGAGAGACUGGUACAGGAACUUACCAAAUUUGAAAUAGAUACGCACAACAUUAUCAUUAACCAAGUACUUUACGAUGAAGAAGAUGUCGAGUCUAAAUUGCUCAAAGCAAGAAUGCGGAUGCAGCAGAAAUAUCUUGACCAGUUCUACAUGUUGUAUGAUGAUUUUCACAUCACCAAGCUGCCAUUACUGCCACAAGAGGUUACGGGAGUAGAGGCACUGAAAUCAUUUUCACAUAAAUUUUUGACACCGUACCAACCUUGCAUCAGUCACACCACAGUGGAAGAUUUAGAGCGAAAAGUGUCCACACUUAGACAACAGUUGAAAGGUGCUGAAACAGAGCUUGAAAGACUCAGAAAAGGAAAGCAAAAGGCCUGAGUAUGCCAUUCCACAUUGAUGGGCUACCAUAAGAACUCAUACAAUCUGUCAGUGGACCUUCAUUGUUGUCUAGGUAGCUUAAUUUGGUUCUUUCACUAUAUUCAAUUCUUUUUCUUUCGUUUUGUACUUAAUGAUAAUAAGUCGAAUAUUUAAAUUGGGAAGGAUCCAUUCACCCAUUGCUGAUAAA